GAAAUAAAUGUUAUUGUUGGAGUCGCUGUUUUCUGAUAAGAUACAAUCCAUUUUUACAUCAUAUGUAUACAUUUUUUUGCAUUUUAAUAAACGCGUGAUUAUGGCUGGGUACGGGGUGAUGGCAGAUGAGGAAUCUCUGGAUUAUUCAGUACAUGAAGCCUGGAAUGAGGCCACUAAUGUUUACCUGCUGGUUAUUUUGGUCAGUUUCGCCCUGCUUAUGUACGCCAGAAAAAAUAAGAGGAAGAUAAUGCGUAUAUUUACGCUUCCACCAGCAGUCGGCAUUUCACCAGAGCCAAACUUCUACGACAGUCUGCAGAAAGUUCGGCUGAGACAACAACUGGAAAUGUAUUCACUGGCUCGUAAAUAUGAUCAGCAGCAGCAGUCGCAGUCGGACAGUGUGCAGCUGUCAAUGGAGUGAAGUCACCAGAGGAGGCGCUCUUCACCCGCAUAUGGUGCAGAAAUGCAGAACGAGUCACAGAGAGAAGGGGAUUGUUGAAUGUUAUUUUUUAUUUGAAGAGCCUUUCUUUUUCUUCAUUACCUCUCAAACAUUCAGAAGAAGUGACAGUUAGUUAAAGAACUUGUGAUUUUCUUACAGGGGCAUUGGUGGACUAUGACACAGACUGCCCUCUGCUGUUGGAAGUGAAAUUGCGUGUAUAUAGGCCAACAUCUCAACGUUUCACAUGUUUGACAAACAUCAUCUCUGUGCCGUAAUGUUGAUCACUGUUUGUGAUCCGCAUCCAAACAUUAAGAUCAACAUUUUAACUCACCUCAAAAUCAUUGUUACAAAAUGCUAUUUAAUGUUGACCAAGUAAAGCUGUUGAAAAUACUGUACACUGAUUUUGUUGUGCAUGCUAGGGUACCUUUUUUUUCUCCAGUACUGUAUUAUAUUGCCCUCUAGUGCUAGUUUACAUGCAUGUCAGUUGUUUUGGGCUGAUCUGCAAGGCUGUAUAAAGAAUAACCUGCCAAAAAUAAAGAUUUUAACAUUAAACAAA